GGCAGCUGGCAGGGCGGCCUUAGGCAAGGACAGGCCCCUCCGCACCCACGUGGCCGGGCGGAUGGAGGUGGUGGCAGGGUGCUACGAGCAGGUGCUCUUCGGGUUCUCGGUGCCGUACCGCGAGUUUCAAUACAGGAUGAAGAAUGAUGUGAUUGAGAGCAGCCCUGAGGAGAAGGACUUGGGAUGCUGAUUGAUGAGAAUCUCAACAUGAGCCAGCAAUGUGCACUCGCAGCCCAGAGACCAAGUGUAUCCUGGGCUGCAUCAAAAGAAGCGUGGCCAGCAGGGCGAGGGAGGGGAUUCUGCUCCUCUAUUCCUCUCUUUCCUGGACGGUUGUCCCUGAUUUUACACAUCAUGCUCACUCUGCCUCGUUGUCAGCGGUAGCAGUGAAUAACAGAUACGUGGUUACUGGGAGCAGAGAUGAAACGAUCCAAAUCUAUGACAUGAAAAAGAAGAUAGAACAUGGGGCGCUGCUGCAACACAAUGGCACAAUAACUUGUUUGGAGUUCUAUGGUACUGCACAUCUACUGAGUGGGGCUGAAGAUGGACUGAUUUGUAUCUGGAACACAAAGAGAUGGGAAUGCCUGAAGUCUAUUAGGGCACAUAAGGGGCACGUGACAUCUCUUUCUAUCCAUCCUUCUGGGAAAUUAGCUUUGUCAGUAGGAACAGAUAAAACAUUAAGAACUUGGAAUCUUGUAGAGGGACGAUCAGCCUUCAUCAAAAACCUGAAGCAAAAUGCCCACAUAAUUAAAUGGUCCCCUGAUGGAGAGAGGUAUGUGACUGUGAUAACAAAUAAGGUGGAUGUCUACAAACUCGACACAGCAUCAAUCACUGGCACUAUCAGAACAGAGAAGAGAAUUUCUUCGCUUAGAUUUAUUACAGAUUCUAUCCUUGCCAUAGCUGGAGAUGAUGAAAUUAUACGUUUCUACAGCUGUGACUCUCAAAAAUGCCUUUGUGAGUUUAAAGCUCAUGAAAACAGAAUAAAAGAUAUCUAUAGUUUUGAAAGAGAAGGACAACGUGUUAUUGUUACUGCAUCCAGUGACGGUUACAUUAAAAUGUGGAAUCUGGAUCUUAAUAAGAUUAAAGAUGUGCCAUCUUUACUGUGUGAAGUCAACACCAAAGCUAGGCUGACGUGUCUUGCAGUAUGGCUUGACCAGGCUUCAGAAAUGGAAGAAAAUUCUGGUCAAGUUGCAGCAUCAUCUCAAGCAAACAAAGAUGAAAAAUCAUUAAUAGUCAGGAAAAAGAAAGUUUGUUGGACUGAUAAAAGUGAUAAAGCUGCAAAAAGAAAGAGAAAAAUUACUCUGGAGAAGCAAAAAUUGGAAGCUCCACUGCAAAAGAAGAGAAAGAAACAGAAUAGCUCAGCAUGAAGGCAGCUACUUUCUCUCCUGAAUAAAAAGUAAAUACUGGUGUUACUGUAUUUUUUAUAAGGAUGUAAAUCUCUGACAGGACAUAUAACACCUAACUGAUGUAUUGUUUAAAGUAAUGAAUGUUUUUACCUUAAUAAAUCGACUGAUCCUGCUGGGAAGUAGCAAAAGAGAUGGCAGCUUUUCACUUGCCAGGAGGCAAAAAUAAAUUUGUAAUAUGUAGUGUUUAUAUUUUUAUAUUAAUAGCAUACACUUUUCACCUGGGUCUGAAAAAGUCAGCUAAAAUGAUAAAAAUGGCUGCACCUGUCUCAUUUACAUUUUUGUCUCAAAUGCAUAUUAAAAAUAGGCACACUUUUCCAUUUUGGUAUUGGAAAAGUUACUGUUCAUUUGACUCAAAAUCUGAUCUGCCUUUUUCUUCAGUUAUUUUUCCUAGUAUAAGACAUAGCAUUUUAAAAUUACUUAAAAUACGGCAAUCACAUUCCAUUCAUGGAAAAUCAUACUUUCUAGUUCAUGUUCUAGUUCUCUAUAUCACAGAGAUAUAUGCAGAGUUUAUAAGCAGAAUGUUUGGUUUCCUUACCAUGUCCAUACUUCAGGCAUUUUUUUGAAGUCUUUGCACCCAUGGUUCACAUGAUUAAAAUCCUUUGUUCAGAAUAUGAUACAUAUAUUUAGGUGGAAGAUUUUAUAUCAAUAAGGUUUUAGCUUCUCUUUUCCCCUUCCCAUAGUAUUUUUCAAGUCUUUGAUCUGAGCUGUAUUGUUAAAAAAAAAAAAAUCUCUAACAUUUAAAAUGUUUGUUAUGCUGAUAAAAUUGUCGCCCAUCUGUUCUGCACUUAAACAAAAAGUGAAUUCCUGACCUUCUGGGUCAGUGGGAACAGGGUUUUAUCCAAAGUCUUAUUACAAAUAUACAGUGGAAAAAACUAAAGUUGAGCAAGAGAAAAAAAAAGGUCAAGUAGCUUGCUUUAUUUCUCUUUAUUACUUUUGUUCUCUUUAUUUCUUUUAAAGUAAGGCAUUGUAAUGUUAUCUGCACUACUGGAGUAAUCAUUAUUUCUUCUGUUUUCAAACAGUAGUUGGAAUUACGCUUUAAUCUGAUUUACUUAAGUAAUAAUCUGUUCCUCCUUAUUUGCUUAGCAAGAGAAAAGGUAGAGGAAAUCAGCAGAGAUUGAGCCAAAUCUGGGGACAGGAAUGCAGUCUGUCUUAGAGAUGUAAAAUAGGGUAUAACUCCAGCUCAUCUCUGGUGUGGGCUAAGACACGGAAACAAAGUGAGCAUCAUAGACACUGUUAUGAUAUCAUUGAGGUGGCAAUGUUGGUAUUCUCUUGGAGGUGAGUGUCCGCAUUUAUUUUCUGUAACUAUUGCCCUGAUUAAGAUAAAUUAUCACAACCCCUUGUAUGAAUAUUCAAUAUAGUUGAUUUAUGUGAGCUUAGUUUGAUUCAGCAUUAAAGGGAUUUCAGUUGUAUUUUGGAUUGAAUUUACAGAGCUUUUGCUUUUCAUAAUACCCUGAAUGUGUGUGUACACAAAUACAGGCAAAUAAUACAGGUCUGAAAAUGGUUUGUAGACUGGGCAGGAAAUAUGAUACCAAAUCAUAUCUUUGAUUGAUAAUGAGGCUCCUGUAGUAACCAUAGGACUUAGAAAGUAUAAGUUUAAAUAAGAGAACUGUGUAGAGUGUUUUCAGUUGGUGUUUUGUCUAUUUGACAGUGCUUAUCUUGUGUCUGUUCUUGACAAAAUGGCUGCCACUAAGAAAACGGUUUUUAUUGUUUGAAUUUUUAAACACAUGAGCUCGUGAACAUGGACAAUUACUAAAGCAAGUUCUUAGGAGCAGCAGGAAAAAUCCAGUCUGCAUAUAAUUUAAAAAUUGAAAAGCAAAAAUGCCACAGAAUUUUUAGUACCAAAGCCUAAACCCAAAGUUUAGGCUUACAAGUAGAAAUUAGACAUUUGUGAAAAUCUAAACUCCCUGUGUAGUAACAAAGAAUUAUGCAUCUCAUGAGACUCAGAACAAUUUGUGAAUUGGAGAGGAAGAAGACAAGUCCUAGCAACUUUUAAGGUGAAAUACAGAAACAGUCAUGAGAGGAGAACUCAUAUUUUCUAUACCUUGAGUGAAUGCUCAGCUACUAACCAGUACCUGGCAAAUUUGUUGUUGUUUUCUUGUGCACAUCUGCCUUUUCAGAACAUUUUCCAUUCUAGUUUUCAGGGAGCUGCUUAGAAUGGUACAUGGGAGGGAGCAAGAGAGAGAGAGGAGGUGUCAGUGGUAAGAAAGCUCUUUCUGUGUCAGAAAGGUGAGCGUCCGUGAUGCUGGUAGAAUAGAUGGAGCCAUGGCUGCAAGAAGCGACAGCCUAUAGAGCAGCAUCUCAGCUGAGCCCCAGGUGAGUUCAUCAGCCCCAGCAGCUGUGGAUUUCUUCCCAUUUUCCUGCUUCCCUCUUGGGGAACUCCAGAGCUGGAUUACAAAGCAGAGCUCAGUGAAAUUUCAACCUUGUAGCCAUUACACAGCUUCAUCAGAAAAGGGAACCCCAUCCAGUGUAGCUUAGCGAUGUGUUGGUUGUGGGACUUCUCAGGGAGAUGGCACAUCUCCAUUUCAACCACUUAGGCCAGCAAGGGAAUUAAACUGCUCUCCACUUUCUAACCAUUGAGUUAAUUCAUAAUAUGGGAAAAUUGAAGUGCAGCUAGAGAAAGCUGCGUUUUGCAGAAAGCACAGGCCUCCGAAUUUUUGUAGCUUCUGUUAUGAAGAGGAACUGAUGCCCCUCAGCUCAGGGACGUGGCUGGAGGACUGCUGUUUGCAUGGUUAGAUGUCCACGGGAGGGAAGCGUAUAGCAAACUGGAAUAAAUAAUGCAGCCCCAUUUACAUGAUGAAACCCCGUUUCAGC